AUGGAGGGCUUUGUCUAUUCCCCCUUUAGCACCUUCCAGAGCUUCAGGAGUGGCCUCACCCCGAGCCGCAGCCGGGACGGGGCGGUGAAGCAGCCCAGCUGGAAGCAGAGCAAGAGCGGCGGCAUCAGCCCUUUCCUGGGCGGCCCCUUCAGCCCCCUGCCCUCCGACUACCUGGACGGCUACCGCCGGGCCCAGCUGCAGGCCCUGCUCUCCCAGCUGAGCCCUGGGCUGGCGCCGCGGCUGCGCCGGGCCGACACCAAGGAGGCGGGGGUGCAGGUGAACCUGCGGGCCGAGGCCGCCGUCCAGUGCUCGCUGGGGCCCCGCACCCUGCCCGUCGGCCGCCCCCUCGGCUCCGCCGCCCUCCGCGCCCACGGACACCUGGCCCUCUACUCCCCCACGCCCGACCACCGCCGCCUCUUCGCCCUAUCGGAGGCCGCGGCUCCCCCGGAGAAGGAAGAGGCGCCUGAAAGCACCCCUCAGGAGCAGCAGGCGGAGGAUGGCGGCGGAGAGCAGCAGGAGGGUCGGGCAGAGGCCGCUCCGGCGGGCGAGGCGACAGCGGAGACAGCCGGGGAGGGGGCGGCAGCGGCCCCCAGGCGGCGGGGAACCUUCCAGUUCCUGGAGCAGAAGUAUGGCUAUUUCCACUGUAAAGACUGCAAGACCAGAUGGGAGAGUGCUUAUGUGUGGUGCAUUUCUGGAAGCAAUAAGGUGUACUUCAAGCAGCUCUGUCGCAAAUGCCAGAAGGGCUUCAAUCCCUAUCGAGUGGAAGCCAUCCAGUGCCAGAUCUGCUCAAAGACUCGUUGUUCCUGCCCUCAGAAGAAAAGACACAUUGAUCUCAAGAGACCUCAUCGCCAAGAGCUCUGUGGCCGCUGCAAAGGCAAGAGGCUCUCCUGUGAUAACACCUACAGGUUCAAAUACAUUGUCUGAGCCGGGUGCCCUCGUCUCUUCUGCGCUCUGCACUUCGUCAGUCUCCUGCAAUGUCUUGACUUUAGGCUUUUGACCUGGCAUCGGAUAAUGGGUGAAGACUUUUCUAGUAUUUAUAAAGUAUGUAACUUAAUUGUAUGUAUGUACCCUGUGAAUAAAGAAGAAUAAAAGUUUGCAGUAGUUUGUUA